UUUUUUUAAUUUAUUUUAUUUAUGUUGGUGAAUAUUGUGAACUCUUUCCACCAGAAAUACCACCAGAUAACUUUCGCAGACUCUGGUGCCUAUCUCUCCUCCAAUUUAACCAUUUGAAUCCUACACCAACGGGACCAGAUAACAUCAAUAAUGAGUGUUAUCAUUAAACUGAAUACCGGGGUUUGACAGCACGUGCGAAGACAAUUUUAUUUUAGUUAUAAAUAUGAAAAAACAAGUAUUCGCUCGACCGGACGUUAACACAGACAUGCGGUCGCACCCACUCAAACACAGGAGGAACUGUGAUUUAUUUCAGCACCCCAGCGUGCAUAUGCGCCCCUCCGAGAAAGAGAUCGGUUACCUGGUUACAGAGAAAGAUGGUACGCUAGUAAUGUAAUGUGAUUCUUUUCAGUUCAGUCUUGGUGCAGAUUCGGGCAGACAGGGUUUAUUUUGGUAGUAUUCAUUUAGAAUGUUAACACGCUUUAUAGAUUACUUAAAUACAGAAUUUCCUCAGUGGGAUACAUUUUGAUUAAAUACGUAUUAUAACGUUACGCGAUUUAUUUUUCAUUUUUUUACCUGUGGAAUCUCAACAACGCUGAUAAUCACUUUGGUCAAAGGACAAAUGGAGAAUCACUGAGCAGAAUUACCGUCCCGUCCACUUUGCAUCUAUGGAAAUUAUCCGAAGUUCCUCCACACAGCCGGGAAUGCCUGAGGCUUGGGGCAACGGCAGCGUCCUGCUCGGCGCCAUUUCCACCCAGUUCCCGCUCCUCCGAAACGACACCCUCAGCAACGGCACGCUCGCGUUUCCCGACGCGGGGGGCGGCUCCAGCCCCAUCGUGGCGGGGGUCCUGAUCCCCCUCAUCUACAUCACCGUCUGCGUCAUCGGCCUGGGCGGGAACUCGCUGGUCAUCCACAUCGUGCUGCGCUACUCCAAGACCGAGUCGGUCACCAACAUCUACAUCCUGAACCUGGCCAUCGCCGACGAGCUCUUCAUGCUGGGCCUGCCCUUCCUGGCCGCGCAGAACGCCUUGCUCUACUGGCCCUUCGGCUCCUUCAUGUGCCGCCUGGUGAUGACCGUGGACGGCAUCAACCAGUUCACCAGCAUCUUCUGCCUGACGGUCAUGAGCAUCGACCGCUACCUGGCCGUGGUCCACCCCAUCCGCUCAUCCAAGUGGCGCAAGCCCCAGGUGGCCAAGGCCGUCAACGUGACCGUGUGGGUGGUGUCCUUCGUCGUGGUGCUGCCCGUGGUCAUCUUCGCCGACGUCCUCCAGGACGAGGGGACCUGCAACAUCAUCUGGCCGGAGCCGGCGGGCGUCUGGAAGGCGUCGUUCAUCAUCUGCACCGCCACCGUGGGCUUCUUCGGCCCCCUCCUGGUCAUCUGCCUCUGCUACCUGCUCAUCGUCAUCAAGGUCCGCAGCUCGGGGAAGAAGGUGCGCUCCACCUCCACCAGGCGGCGCCGGUCGGAGCGCAGGGUCACCCUGAUGGUGGUCAUCGUGGUGGCGGUGUUCGUCUUCUGCUGGCUGCCCUUCUACGCCCUCAACAUCAUCAACCUGGUGGUGCUGCUGCCCCCCGACUUCCGCGGGCUCUACUACUUCGUGGUGGUCCUGUCCUACGCCAACAGCUGCGCCAACCCCGUGGUGUACGGCUUCCUCUCCGAAAACUUCAAGCAGGGCUUCCGGAAGGCCCUGUGCCGCCUGUCCCGGAAGGUGGAGAGCGAGGAGCAGCUGGGGACCGACCACCCGCAGCACCAGCAGGGGAGAAGGGUGGCGCUGGAGCCCCGGGACAGCGUGAGAAUAGCCAUGAGAGGAGGCGGCCUCCGGGUCAAAGGGGAGGCCGUGGAGAUGACGGAGACCUGCAGGACUGCGCAGCAGGCGAGCGGUAACGGGCAGCUGGAAGGACCCAGGACCCUGUUCCUCCCGAGGGAGAAAACAGCAGGGGCCUCUGCGGGGGUCCCCCCGUGUGACAGGGCUCAAAGCAGGGAGCCCAAUGGGAAAGGUCCAGGCUUGGGGCCUACGGCAGCCCUCCCCGUGCUAGUCAACGGGGCCAAAAACAGCACCGUAAAGCCGCUUCCCGAGGAGCCAGUGGAGAAGAACGGUACACUGGAGAUUAGUUAUCUUUGAGGGAUGAAAACCUGCAUUCAUUUCUUAUCAGCCUUCAUGUUAUUCUCCCUAAGUAAACUCUCAGUACCUUUACAGCAUCAUUCUGCUUAGCCUACAAGUGGAAUAGGCUAAAAAUAUCUAACUGAUCUGUGAGAAUGUGCAGAGAUCAAAAGUCUUGAAUUUAUUUCAGGAUUUGGUAUAUCUACAUACAUAUAUGGAUAUAAGCAUAUUCUCUACUAUAUUUUUGUGAGAAAUGUGUCUAUCAGCCUGGUUCUAGUUGUACAUAAUAUUGACAUGGUGACAUGACAUGAAAAGGUAUCUAUGGUGAUUUUAUUUUCAGAUAGAAAGUUAGAAUUUGUGUAACAUGUUUUACAAUGGGAAUGUAAAUAACAGCUGUUUCGGAAAGUGUUUGACUGACCAUACUGAAAUUAUGAGAAACUGCUGACGGAUUAAUGAUGACAUUUGUGUUCACUUCGUCAAAUGUAAUUCACUUAACACAUAAUUCAUUAACGCAUUCCCCUUGCAAAUAAAUCCAGUGCUCUUCAGUGAGUACUUAGAUUAAGCAUGAAGAAGAAGGGCUCUCACUGCAGGAAGCUAAAAGGUGAGCAGCUGCCUCUGUACUGCUGUACUGGAGUCUGCAUUGUCAUCAUUAUGCUAAUGCCUGCAAACAGAUCAUUUUUAUUGGCUUGUUUGGCCAACAUGUCAGCGCCCUAACAUACCACCGAGAAGCAGAAGUUGUAUUUCAUGCCUACAAGGAGGAAUGUGCAAACCACAUCAGCCACGUUGUUCAGUAUAUCCCUUGCCCUGCACUACAGAGGAGCGUCUGCAGCUUAACCUACGAGCCAGCUAUCUAUGGCACUGUCGAAAUUAAGCGGGUCUAAAUUAUGACAUCGUUAUAUCAUGGAUCUACAUAACACAUUUAGCUACUUAAUACAAUGUAAAUCAUAAUACUGAGAAGGUAUUAGCCAUGGUGUGUUGUACAUGCGGCUAAAAAUAUAAAGCAACACAUGUGACAUCGAUAAUGAACUCAUUCAAUGCACACACACACGCAUACACGCACACACAGCAAAGAAUUCAUUAGCAUACUCAUAUCUACAAGCUCCACUACAUUAUUGUGUUAAUACUGUGUGGGAUGUAAAAGAACUGCUAUUGGGUGAACACUUUCUUAUUUCCAUUUUCUCUGCUUUUGCCCUUUAGUCUAUGUUUAUAAAGUUACUCUAUAAAUUAUUCUACAUUGGAACAUGUUUAACUACAUCAAAUGGAUCAUUAUUACGGAAAAACGGAACAAAUAUUUUUUUUUAAACCCAGAAAGUGAACUAUCAUUUUAACAACCUGCACCCUAAAAUAUUUUGCCAGUAAAGAGUUCUUGUUUAACUGUUCAGUUAAUGCCCAUGUUCCCAGUCUUAUUCACAAUAAGGGGAAAGUAAAUAAGUACGAAAAACAAAUUUAAACAGGAGUUAACUUCAUUUUAACAUUUCUGCUUUUUAAAUACUGCAUUAUUGAUGACUGCAAAUAACUAUGUUGCUAGCUAAUGUUGCUAGCAAGAUAACUGUAGUUGAUUAGUAAGCUGAAUAGGAAUGGGUGUUUCAGCUUAAGCUGCUGCAUUAUCACUGAAGAAUGUCACCUUUGUCAGCAGCAAGGAUGCACUUCUUAAAUCUCACUACACUUACUGAAAUAAAGGUACAGUGGAGGUACAAGGAACAAAUUUCCAAAAUGUACCCUGAAAGUACAUGAUGUUCUAAUUUGGGUACUAAAACAAAGGUACAAAUGAAUUAUAUAUUGCUGGCAAGGGGUACAAUUUCCUGUACCAAUAGGGUACCGCCACAGUGACAACCUUUUUAAGGUACUUUUCUGAGCGUGUUUGCGCGGACAUAGCGUCGGCAGCUAGACCAAAGUCACACUAGCUACCCUUCUGCUUUUUCCCCUCAGACUGGGGUUAUCGCCAUUGUUUCUUCAUACAAACAGGUCACUGUCAGCAGUUAGAGGGUGCUCCUUGCAAGAACAGAUUUUCAAUCAGUCUUAAAAUGAUCCAGUCUUGUUUACACUGAGGAAAAUGCUGUGGACCCAGAUGGAGCAGAGUGGGGAGACCUGGUGGGCGUGUAAGGUAUGAUGAGCCGAUGCAAACUGAUAUAGGAUUUUCAACCGAAAGACUCUGCUCGAACCAAAAAGAAACUGUCAUAAUGAGGCUGUGAGAGGGCUGGCUUGUUGUCCAGUAAUAACUCUGAGAAUCCUAGCAGAAGAGGAGGGUGACACUGGAGCCACCCGGGGUGAAGGAAAGCUCAAGCAGGGAGGAGGACUGUGCAGUGCUACAGUGGGGGAGCACACGGAGCAAUCUGGGUGAGAAUGUGAAUGUUGCUGACACAUACAGUAUGACUCCUUCUCGAGCGCUUGGAAUUUGAAACAAAUCAUUGUACAGUACCUUAGUACCCAUCAUAUUUUGUUGUGUGAUUAUACAGUUUAUACAUUUAGCAAGGAGGCACAAAAGCAUGCAGUCAAAUACUGAGCGCCAUGAAGACUUUGUUAUAUAAUACUUAUUGUACGUCACUUUGGAUAAAAGUGUCCGCCAAAUAAAUGUAAUGUAAGGUUUUUUUAAAAUAAAA